AUGGCAUCAGCAACCUACCGCAUCGCUGGCAGCCUGCUUGCGCUCGCGCGCAUGUUCCAGCCGCUGGCCAGCUGGGCGCAGCGGCGCUACCAGGCCAACCUGGCGGAGCAGCUGAAGGACUGGGGCCUGCGCUACGACGACCUGUACGACCCCCUCAUGGACCUGGUGGGCAGCUGCGCGGCAGCCGCCGGGCUUGGGAAGGGCCCCCGGCGGACGGCCGCGUUCGGGGGUUGA